AUGAAGCUCCAUCUCAUAUCGCUUCUUUCUCUGAAUACCCUCGCAUUAUCUGUGCCUAACCCUCUUCCUGGUAGUGACAACGUCGUAGUCCGUGACCCGGCUAUCGCGUUCAAUCCCGACAGCAACAAGUACUUCGUGUUCUCUACCGGCGGAGGGAUCAACAUCUUCACUAGCUCUUCAUUGAACGGGCCCUGGACGAGCUCCGGCUCCGUCCUUCCGAACGGUUCCAAAAUAAAUACGUCCAACCCAAAUAUCUGGGCUCCAGACGUGCACUCCGUAAACGGCCAAUACACCCUUUAUUACUCAUUGUCGACUUUGGGUAGCCAAAACUCAACAAUCGGGGUGGCAACCAGUCCUUCUAUGGAACAGGGCACGUGGGACGACCUUGGCCCAGUGAUCGGCUCGAAGGAUGGCGACUCCUACAAUGCCAUCGACGCAAAUUUGAUUGAUGCCGAAGGGCUCAAGCUCUCGUUCGGAUCGUACAACGACGGGAUCUUCCAGAUUCCAUUGUCAGAUAUCCACACCCCCGCUGCUAACCUGCCAGGGACUCACCUCGCUGGUGCUAAUAAGGAACCGACGGAGGGCGGCUUUACCUACAAGCCUCAAAGCUCUCAGUAUUACUUCCAGUUCUUUUCUAAUGGUUUCACUCCUCUCGUCAACACCACUACACCACGUCCAGCUCCAGGAGGGGAAUACAAGGUGCUGGUUGGCCGUAGCGAGAACGUUUCGGGCCCGUUCCUGGACAAAACCGGCAACGACCUGACAAAAGAUGCCAGCCCGCCGACUGGGACGCUUGUACUCGGCUCGCAUGACAACAUCUACGCACCCGGCGGGCAAAGCAUCUUCUUCGACGCCAACAGCGGACGCGACCUGAUUGUCUAUCACUAUGUUCGCAACGACUCUUACGGUGGACCGUCCUACCUGGGCAUCAACUUCCUCGACUUCACGUCGGGAUGGCCCGUGGUGGUUGGCGAAUAA